UGUUUACAAAAGUCUAUGGUCUUAGACCCAGCCAGCAUGUGUUGUUUUUUGCUGCUGCAUUCAUAUUCAAGCUAGAGAGACAAAGUCCGGCGAAUUUUAUUGGCAAUUAAGAGCUAUCUUCUCUAAUAGCUUGAUGAACCAGAUCAAAUGAUGAGAAAUUCUCAGAGAACAACUGAAGUAAGGCAGUACAACAAAUCUGAUCUUCCACGUUUGCGGUGGACGCCUGAGCUUCAUGAACUCUUUGCUGCAGCUGUUGAACGCCUUGGUGGAAAAUAUGAAGCAACACCCAAGCGCAUUAUGCAGCUGAUGAAUGUUAAAGGACUGAAGAUUUCUCACAUCAAAAGCCAUCUGCAGAUGUACAGAAGCACGAAGGGCUGUAAUGACGAUGAUGAAAUUAUAGCGAAGGAGCAAUUGCCAGCACAGACACCACAUUUCAGUGAUCAUGGAGCCUUGUCCAUUUGCUCCCCUCAGUCCCAGAGGCAAAUAGGAGAUGGAUUGUUCGUCGAUUUUGAAUGUAGAAGUGAAAAUAUCAAACACGAAUUAGCGUUUUCCGAGGAUUGUAGAGAUAUACAUGGGAAAAGGAGGAACGAAGAAGAAUAUGGAAGCUUAGACGAAACUUGUCAGCUCUCACUAUCCUUCACUCCCAUGGAAAUGGAUCAAGAACAGGAAGAGAGAGAGUCUUGGCCUUUAACUGAUGGGCUGAGCCGACUAUCUCCUAGUACUUCUACAAUAGAUACCAAUUUUCCAGAUUUUCACUCUCUUGGGACCAAUCAUCACUUAAACUUGGACCUUACCAUCUAAUUAAACUUAUUUUUCCUUUUAAUUUAGAAUUAGGAUUUUUUUUUUUCUUUUUUUAAAUUUUUAGCGUACAUUAUAACUAUUAAUAUGAGGAUCCUCGCUGUGUCUACUUUUAAAUACGGUUUGUACUACAAAAAUAAAUAAAC